GACAAGGAUAGGUUAACAUGCCUGACAGGUUCACUCUGCUCACGCUCAGCUUUUAUUUCAUACUUCACAAUGUUUGUAGUUGGAGCGUGAGUGAACCUCUCAACCACACAUUGAAUGACGAUGGCUCAGUCAGUGUCACAUGCGUGUUUUAUGGAGAAGAAAGGUUUGAAUUGGAAGCGAAGUUGAAAAUGAAUGAUAAGGAUGUUUGUGAGGUUUAUGACAAAAGACAAGAACAUAACAAGUGUAAAUGGGAGCAUGAGGACAAUAAAUUCACGUUCACCUUAAUGAAACCUGAGGCCUUACACAGUAAUACAUUUUCCUGUGAGAUAUCCAAAAUAAAACCAUAUCCAGUCAAAACUGAAAAAGGACCGAAAAUUAAGCUUUUCCGAGGUUGCAGUAACCCUUUUGCUCCACUGAAGAACAGCUGUCCAAUCACUAACCAAACACAUAACCAGGAUCCCACACCUGUAGAAAGGCCCGCACUUGAAGACACGUAUACCGUACUAAUCUGUGGUCUGGUCAUAGUGGUGAUAAUGCUGUCUCUCUACAGCAUUAUUCUUACUGCAGUCUACAUCAAAUUGAGGGUCACAAAUUUGGAGCCUUCUGACACUCUGACCUACGUGCCAAUGCAGAGGAAUGUAAAACGGCGUGAUCUAGAAAACACUGAAUAUGUGGACAUGCGUGAAGUGCAGAAACAGGAAGGAUCCCACAGAGAUAUGAACCACAACUCUCAUCUUGCUACUGUCAGAGCCCAUUUCUAAUAGCAUCAGUGAGCUCAUGCUUUAACUGCUCUAGGACUUACUGCUUAUUAUACUUACGCUUCACUAAAGAAUAGAACAGGAUAAAACUAUUUCCUUUCUACCAAACAAAACGGACUUUCCUGAAUGCCUGAAUCUGCAUAUUGCUCCUGCACCUCAUUCAACUGCUCAAAUAACAGUCUUGAUGUUCUGUUGCAGAUGAUUUCAUCUGGUGGCUUGUACAACGUAAUGCUGAACUGUAGCUAUGCCAAGCUAAAUGUAUAUAAAAUCUCUAGCUUGGACAUUUUUUUUAAUUACUUUGAUCCCAUGGACCAAUAAUCAAUCAUAAUAUCAGUUUUGUUCAGUGUAUAAUAAAUAUAUA